GCAGGUUAGCGGGCUGGUAGUGACUUCCACCUGGGGCUUGAGGACAGAGGAAGAGCUGGGGCCACCUCCACCGCGUUUUCCAGGCGGCGUAGACCAGGUGCCCGGCUGUUGGAGUCUGUCGGAGGAGCUCUCGGUGGCGCCCCCUCCCUGGCUCUAGCUGAUUUCGAGGUUGGCGCAGGUGGGCAGAGCAAGGCACCGCAGAUCGCCCUGUUCCAUCGAGGGGUUUCUCUCCCUUUCUGCGAGAGGGAGGGACCAUCCUAAAAAUAUGUAAAUAUCCAAGCUUUGACUCCAGGCUGAAGCAUCAGCCAAGGUCCAAGCGCCUCCGCUGGGUGUUUCUCAUGAAAAUGAGAAGACGGAUGGGAUCCGUGCUCUUAAUUUAAGGCAGCUUGGUGAUUAGCAUGAGACUGGGCGGCUGUCCUGCUUCCUGCCCUUCAAUGGCCAUUCAGCCUGCUCACGGCUGAGCGGUGCCACCGUGCGGGUGUCGAUCGUCAGGCUCCGCAUCCUUGGCAGCCAUGGCUGCUGUCGCUGCCUCGGACAGUAGGUAGGAGCAUGCAUGUGUAUGGGGGCACAUGCGUGUCGGGGCACACACAUACGCGCGCACAAACACGUGCGCAGGCACGCAUACCACCCUGAGCCUUGGAAGGACCAAGAUUGACAAGACGCUGCAGCCGCGAGGACGACUCCCGCUCUUCCUGGAUUCGGCAGAGCCCGCCCGCCGCAGCUGCUGUCUGCAGAGCCUGCUCGGAUCCCUGUGCACACGCGCUGCCCCCACUUUCGAGCCUCUGUAAUGAAGACUGCCUCCCGAGGACUGCAGGGGAGGCAGAGCCCGCCUGCGCCUGGGACUGCGAGCCGUGCGGCUGGUAGGCCCAGGGGGAUACGACUUGGACACUGUCAUCCCCACGCCUCGCGCUGAGCCGCCUGGUGCGAAGGGUCUGUCGCCGCCCCUCUGGCUUCCCGGGCGCCCGAUCUCGGGUCAGCCCCGCAGGCCUCGGCUUCCUCAUUUGUUUGGGUCUUUUGUGCCGGGGCUCACAGUUGGCUAAGCACUCCUGCGCUGAAUCGGGCCAUUGUCUGCGCUCCCAUUGCUUUCACGCUGCAAGUCUCGGNCCGCCCCCUCCCCGCCUCCUCCUGGCCGGGGAGCCUCCUAACGUGCCUUUCCCCCCAGGAAUCUGGAAGCUAUAAGUCGGGAGGAUUGCAAAUGAAGUGUAAUGCAUUGUGGGACGUGUGUAAAAUCGGAGCCUUCGCCGUGGGGGUGUGUGGGGGCGUGGGGAGGGCCGGACCCGCCGCUGGCGGUGUAGACGCCGAUGAGGAGGGGCUGGGAAAAUGUGCGCAGAGUCGGCCCGGGUCGUGCCCGCUGUAGACGAAUGAAGCCGCACGCUUGGCCCCGGCGCUGAGGCCCCAGGAUCGGGGCAGCAGGUCGCCCUCCCCACCAUGAAGAAGACCCGGAGCACAACCUUGCGGCGAGCCUGGCCUAGCUCGGAUUUCUCGGACCGGGCCUCGGACCGCAUGAGGUCCCGCAGCGAGAAGGACUACCGCCUACACAAGCGCUUCCCCGCGGCCUUCGCGCCCCAGGCUUCGCGGGGCUACAUGACAUCAGGUGAUGUAUCACCAAUCAGUAUGUCUCCCAUCAGCCAAUCUCAGUUUAUUCCACUCGGGGAAAUCCUUUGCUUGGCCAUCUCAGCAAUGAACUCGGCACGAAAACCUGUCACCCAAGAAGCACUGAUGGAGCACCUGACCACAUGUUUCCCAGGUGUUCCCACCCCAAGCCAAGAAAUUCUACGGCACACCCUGAACACACUGGUACGGGAGAGGAAAAUCUACCCAACUCCAGAUGGCUAUUUCAUCGUGACCCCACAGACUUAUUUCAUAACACCUUCCCUCAUAAGAACUAACAGUAAAUGGUACCAUUUGGACGAGAGGAUACCUGACAGGUCUCAGUGUACCUCCCCACAACCCGGAACCAUAACGCCCUCUGCCUCAGGCUGUGUCAGGGAAAGGACAUUACCCAGAAACCACUGCGACUCUUGCCACUGCUGCAGAGAAGACAUGCACAGCAUGCAUGCAUCGACUCUGCAGAGGAAACCUGCCAAGGACUGCAAAGACCCGUAUUGCCCUCCUUCACUCUGCCAGGUACCACCCACUGAAAAGAGCAAAAGUACUGUAAAUUUUUCUUAUAAGACAGAAACUCUCUCAAAACCUAAAGAUAGUGAAAAGCAGUCCAAAAAAUUUGGGCUCAAGUUAUUCCGGCUAAGUUUUAAAAAAGACAAGACCAAACAGCUAGCCAAUUUCUCGGCCCAGUUUCCUCCUGAAGAGUGGCCCCUGCGAGACGAGGACACACCAACUACUAUCCCUCGGGAAGUGGAAAUGGAAAUCAUUAGGCGUAUUAACCCGGACUUGACCGUGGAAAAUGUCAUGCGGCACACUGCACUAAUGAAGAAACUUGAAGAAGAAAAAGCGCAUAGGAGUAAAGCCGGGUCUUCUGCCCAUCACAGUGGAAGAAGUAAAAAGAGUAGGACUCAUCGAAAGUCCCAUGGAAAGUCUCGGUCACACAGCAAAACACGAGUGUCUAAAGGAGACCCAUCAGAUGGUUCUCAUCUGGAUAUCCCGGGUGACAGAGAGUAUGACUUUUGCGAUCCUCUUACCAGGGCCCCCAGGGAGGGCUGCUUCAUCAUUGAACACAAAGGAGAGAACUUCAUCAUGCAUAGCAACACGAACGUGAUCGAACCUCAUUUCCCCAUGACACCAGAAUGGGAUGUGUCGGGGGAGCUGGCCAAAAGGAGAACUGAGAUGCCUUUUCCUGAACCUUCCAGGGGGAGCUCCCAUUCAAAAGUGCACCGAAGCCACAGCCAUACCCAGGACCGACGGUCCAGGAAUGAGAGGUCCAACAAAGCCAAGGAGAGAUCCAGGUCCAUGGACAACUCCAAGGGCCCUCUGGGUGCUUCCUCUCUGGGGACGCCUGAUGACCUGGCUGAAGGCUGCAGCCAGGAUGACCAAACCCCCAGCCAGUCCUACAUCGAUGAUAGUACUUUGAGACCUGCACAGACUGCUGGUCAUCAAAGGGCUCACAUUUUGUCCACAAGCUACAAAGAGGUGUGUAUUCCAGAAAUUGUCAGUGGCCUCAAGGAACCAUCCAGUGCUUGUAGCCUCUUGGAGCCAGGCAAACCACCUGAGAGUUUACCAUCCUAUGGUGAACUCAACUCUUGUCCAACAAAAACAGCUGCGGAUGACUAUUUCCAGUGCAACACCUCCAGUGAGACGGUGCUCACUGCGCCGUCACCUCUGGGAAAGAAUAAGGAGGACCAUGACACUAUGACCCUGGCAGAGGGGGUGAAAAAGCUGCCUCUGUCAGAUAGGCAGGCCCCACAUUCCUCUAGGGAGCCUAUAGGGCACAAGGAGGAGUCACCAAAGGGGCCAGGCGGGGGACCGGCUGCUUCGGGCACAGCGGCCGAAGGGAUUGCCAAUGGACGCCUCAUCCAGCAUCACAGCGCUGAGCCCAGCAGCCUGGACAAGAGGAAAGAGAUAUUCAGCAAAGACACACUCUUUAAACCUCUUCACAGCACCUUGUCUGUAAACAGCUAUCACAAAUCCAGCCUGUCCCUCCUCAAAUCUCACCCGAAGACAUCUGCUGACACACUGCCAGGCCGAUGCGAGAAACUGGAGCCAUCCUUGGGGACCUCAGCGGCACAAGCUAUGCCAGCUCUCCAACGUCAGCAGGAGUCAGGGGGGAACCAGGAAGCCUCUUUUGACUAUUACAAUGUCUCUGAUGAUGAUGACUCUGAGGAAGGGGCCAACAAAAACACCGAGGAAGAGAAAAACAGAGAUGAUGUAGGCACCAUGCAGUGGCUCCUCGAGAGGGAGAAGGAAAGAGACUUGCAGAGGAAAUUUGAGAAGAACCUCACCCUUCUGGCCCCAAAAGAAACGGACAGCAGCAGCCACCAGAGAACCACCCAUUCAGCACGCCUCGACAGCAUGGACAGCAGCAGCAUCACUGUGGACAGUGGAUUCAACUCCCCACGCACUCGGGAGAGCCUGGCUUCCAACACGUCAAGCAUUGUUGAAAGUAACCGUCGUCAGAACCCUACCUUGAGCCCAGCCCAUGGUGGAGCUGGCCCGGCCUUCAACUUCCGAGCGAGUACGGACCCCCCUACAAACGAAGCUGAGAAGUUACAGAAACCCUCCAACUGCUUGCAAGCUUCUGUUACUAGUGUGUGAUAAUCGUUCUGCCUCAGAUCUCCUGUCUCAUUCGAUACAGCCAAGUUUACGACACUGGGACUGAUGUUUACAUCUUCGGAAAGACAAGCAUCUCAACCACAGUUUUUGUGUUUACUUAAACUGUGCUGCUAAGUAGGCUAGAGCAAAACACAAAAAAAAUCUUUCUUUCAGAGUAUUGCUUUUCACAUUUAUGGCUCUGUAGAAACAGAAUAGCAGUAGGGGUGAUAUGUACACUUUUGCUUCACUAAUUGUAACUGAGCACACAUAGGAAAGUCUAGACACUGUAAGUGUAAUAUGCAUUUUCAAUGUCAUGCAGUUGCCAAUUCCAUUUUUAAAUGCCACAGAUGUGUGUUCCUCCCAGUCUGUGGGCAGAUGGUGCCACAGAACUGAUCCUUGACACUUCCAAACAAACAAAAACAAAACAAACAAACAAACAAAAAACUAAGCCACCACAAAAUGUCAAAUGCAAGGGCCCACCUUGAGGGAAAUCAACGCCAAACUGACGAGAAGCGACCCCAGCCCUUUGUGUGUGAAUUGUUUAUGCACCAGUCAUUUCUCACUGUGAGUUUUUGUGACACAGUUCUGCAGGAGCCCAUGGAAGUGUGUCAGAAGGGGUCAUGAUUGAAAUACUGGGAGUGUUUCUUUUCAGGAGUUUUGUUUUUCAGUGUAACAGAUGCUUGUCUGAUUUUCAACCUUCCAUAAUCACAAACAGGAAUAUAGGCCUUGGAGUCUGAAGUGGAGAAAAGGGAAGGGGGUCCCCAGCCUGACUGGGGCACAGCACUAAGUGAUGGAAGAGGUAAUGUGGACUUUCAAAAGGUGUUAGUCAAAUAUGUAAGGAAGAUCAUUUCCUCUAUUGGGAUACUUCUGGUGAUCCUAUCUUAAUAUAAUAGAUACAAUAAUUAGUUUGUUUAAAAGCAGAAUGUUCUUUGUGAUACAAAUGAAGAGUAUGGCCUGGGGAUGUUAUUCUUUCUAAUGGAAGGACAUAAAUCUAUUUUAUGUAGUUUUAAAUAGAAUGCCUAAAUUAGGCUGUGGGAGAUGAUUUUUAGUGGCUAUAGGAAAGAGCAAAUUUAGGGAGAGUUGAACUUCAGGCCUUUUAUUCCUGGGAAGAUAUCUAUAGAGAAAACUUUAAAAUAAUUUUUGAUCAGAAAUAUACAUGUGCCCAUGUAAUUAACAACAGAAUAUGCUCAUUCUGCAAGUGUGGUAUAAUUCCAACUUGUACUCCCGUAAAAUUUACCAGAAUAAUGAUUAUGCAUACAUGAACUAUGCCAGAGUAAUGUUUACAGAUAACUUUGUAACCAAUUUCAGGAGGCAUUUUUAGGUGGAUGUAUGGUUAUUAGCCCAACUGAUUUCAAAAUGGUUUAAUAUUUGGCUUUGGUUUACAAUGUCAUGUCGAAUACAAAGAAGCCCGCCCGGUUAGCAGCAAUGUGAUUACAAACAAUCAAGCUUUCAACCUUCUAGGAAAGAGACUUUUCAAAGUUCCUUGUGUUUUAUUUUAUAAGAACAAUGGGAUAAAUCUGUAGAUAAUGGAAAAUUAUUUGCAAAAGGGUUACAUAUGACACAAAAAGUUUUGUUUAGUGGCAUGUGAUGUUUGGAGCCAUAUACCAUAAAAUAUAUAUCCCCAAAUAAAUCGAAACUAUUUUCUCCUCAGAUUUCAGUCAAUGGCAUAAAGUUUGUGAAAGACUUCUGCUACAGUAUUUAGGUUUAAUCACUAGCAAUCUGUUUAAAGAAUGCAGUCGUAUACAUUGUUGGACUGAUUCUUGAAACAUUUGGGUGCUCCCUCAUGCUUUUUCAGCUAUUUGGAAGUUACAUUGGGAACUGGACUCAUUGAGUCUAGUGUCGAUUUCUUUUUUGUGCUUAUAGUAAAACAUAAGCACAUUUCUUGGUAAACUCCCACACCACUGAAAUGCUUAAGUCAGUUAGCUCUCAGUGUCAUUCCUUAUUUCCUCCAAGGCAUGCCUUGAUUGUUCAGAAAUGCACUAUUUGUCUCAUUGCUUAAAAAUACAACCAGAAGGAAUGAUAAUGUAUCUAAUAGACUAUAUAUACAGAGUCUGAUUCCUUGGGGAGUUGUAUACCAUACGGUUGUUAAAUUCUUCUGCCUAAAUUCGUCUUUUUUUCCCAAAAACCUGCUCUCAAGUGUUUAUCAUACUCUCAGUUCAUAAAUAAUAUAACCAUUGAAACAAUACAUCAGCCUCUAGUUGAUCCUCUGAAAGUAGCCAUUAUAAUAAUCAAAUGCUGUGUGAACAGGAAAGGAAAGCAUUACCUUUAGAAGCUUUAAAAUAUGAAUUUAUCAAUAUUUCACAAGAAAUAGGUUUACAGAAGACGUUAUUCAGAUAAAAUGUGUACACUAUUUGCCUGAUGCUAUGGGGUACAUGAUUUAAAAAAAAGAACUCCCUUAGACCAGCAGCCAUGAGCAUUGAAAUGAUGGACUUUAAAGAUGAUAUGAUAUAAGUAGACAUUCCAUGUAGAAAGAUCCCCUGUCGAAAUCUAUUUGGGAUUCCUGAGUGGGGGAGGAGUAGUGGCAGGAAGCACAUUACAGAUGUGACCCAAUGGUCUACAGUGAGAUUCUUGGUGACCAAACACUUGGGCCGCUCCAAGCUUCGCCAACAUCCUUUUCCUCCAGUGAAGUGAUAGCUUUGUGUUACAUGGCUGCUUAUCUAGUCUUCACUUAGCUUAUCAAUUGAAAGGUUUACAAAACUGAAUCUGGUUGAAUCUCUGUGUAGCGUUCAACUUUAAAGGGUCAACCCAUCUGUCGGCAUUUUGCACACUUAUGUAUUAUUAUGAUACAGCAUAUUACUUUAUGGUAAUUUUUAUUUUUACAUAUAACUACCUCCAUAAAUUUGAUGAAGCGGCAGCAGUGCGUUAAAGUGUAUUGUUCAGAAAAGCAAAGUUUAAAACUUUAUCAUUAGGCCAUGGCAUUCUGUGUGUGUGUCAAUGAUUGCCUACGUGGACUCAUGACUUUUCCAUUGCCAUGGUUUUCUUUUACGGCAUUAUUUCACUUUCAGAUGUAAACCUGUCUCUCCUUUCUUCCCCACAAAAGCGCACUUGAUUUUGUUAUGAAUGAUAGGAAGUUUAAAUUUCUUGUCUCCCCCACCCCCUAAUUCCUGCUAAAAGCUCCCCCUGGCAAAGAGCCAAUCGGUAAACAUAAUUUAGUGAGCUAUUUACUCCUAUAAAAAUCUGAUUUAAAUUCUAGUCUUUCAGUAACACAAGACACACAAGAAAUUGGGACUGCCAACUUUGAAGCACUUUGGUCCUCUGCCUGCACUCACAUAUUACCAUAUCCAGCCCAACUUCUUUUGAAUGAAAAGAGCUGUGCUGUGUCUUCGCAACUUCUGUUAAAUAGUUUGUAUUCCAUUUUAUAUAUUUUGCACAUCUCAGGGGACCUUAAUGAACAUAUGAAAACGGGGGCGGGGGGGUGCCAUCAAACAGAGAAAAACAAAUAGAAGAGCUGAAAGGGGACUAGCUGAGUAAAAAUAACACAUGACUGCUUCUCUGAGGCUAUGAAGCUCAAGUUCAGGAAGCAUAAAUUGAAAGUUAAUCUGGAGUAACAAUGAUCUGAACACCAGCUGUUCCCAAAUCUCCCUUUUUCAUAACCCAACUAGCAUUUCCAAAAUGCAAAUUUAAAUUAUAUUGCAGUCACCUUAGGGAGAAAAAAUAAAAACCUCUUCAUUGAAAAUGAAAGCAUUGUUCCUUUUUUAGGUUGGCACAGCUUUGUAAAAUUCUACCCAGGAUAAACCACUUAUCACCACAAAGUGUACUUGAAAAUAAAGUUUUUAACUUAAAUUAUUGGCAUAUUGCUCACGAUACAGUAGCGAUCAUAUUUUGAAAAGUCUCAUCAUUUAUAACAUGGGCAGUAUUUGGAGCUUGAUUAAAAACCAACAACAACCUAUAAUGACUUUGCAAGUUCAUUUUGGGAUCUCAAGUGCUUCCAAAGCAUUCAUAUUCACAAACAAUUAACCAAGCAGGUCAUAUUUGUAAUACCCAUACUUGAAAUGAAUAAACAGAAGGAGUGACAUAAGAUUACCCGGAAACACAGUGGCAGCUAUCAGUGAUCAAUUUUCUAUCUGUUUGAUAGACCAUCAUGAGAAAUCAAUAUAAUGCUAUUUUUCUGAUGUGUGCUAAUAAAGUCAAAGAAAACAAAUACAACUUUACACCUUUGUCCAUUUUCAUUCAAAAAAUUCAGGGUGUUUGGAAUUUUACACCUCGGUACACCUUAAUGGUAUCGAUUUAUAAAGUGGGAAAUUAACAAAUCCACUCAAAUGCCAUUGUGGUCCGAAGUAGAUCUAGACACACACCCUUGUUUACAGUUUCAUAUUGGGCUUCUAUAAUUCCUGUGCUAAAAAUACCAUCUUUCAGGAACAUGACUGCUCCUGGUAGUGGAAGGUGCUGAAACAGAAAUUUUAAUUAAAAACUUUAUCAAGUACUCUUCACAGUGCUUCUUAGCACAACAGAAAUUCAGUACAAUAUGUUGAGCCCUACUUUGAAGAAUCUGGAUUUUCGAGGGAGCUGAUCUAGUUCUCAGUGUUUUCUCAAAUUAAGAGAUACAAGAUUCUUGACGAGGAUCUUGUCUGUUGCCACAGGCCAGUCACAGAAGCAGCUGGCAGCAUGCUGUCAGGUGACAGUGCAGACUCCAGCAGAAGCCAUCCCUUCCUACCCUCUGCCCAGCCCCCAGCACUGUCCUGCUCACUGUCAAGGCAUCCAAUACUCUUUUGUUCCCUAGCAACUUUUCUGUACAUUUAGGGCUCGGGGAAGCUACAACACAGGGAAAAAAAUGAAUGCAAAAGCCAUGGAAAAUAUUGUUUUGCUUUGGGUUAGUAAAAUAUGGGCAGGAAAGAGAUUAUCAUCGGUCUGAUCUGUGCCAAGUAAGAUAAAAGAAUCAGCUGUCACUUCGUCACUCUCCUAGGAGGGUUUACAGUAUUAAGGGUACAUCCAAUAUUUUCCCAUAGAUCUUUAUUUAGGAGACAUUUCAUAAAUUAUAUAUACUGGGGGAAAAAAGUCAUUAUUAAAUUUCCUGGUGUGUUCAAAACAGACAUUGGCAUCUCCCUGAUUGAGUUAAUCUUGGCGUCUUUUGCAGCAGUAUCCCAGAGAGAGAUUCCCCGGUGAUAGCUCCCCUAAUACAUAAUCCUGUGUUUUCACGGUUCUGUAUCUUACAGUUGCUGAUUUGCAAGGCUCAGAAUGCUACAAGGCUCAAGGGGGACGAAACCUCCUUCUUAUGAUUGUAUAUUAGCAGUUAUCGGGCUUUAAUCGCUCCUGUUGGCUUCAAAUGCGAACACACACACACCCCGCCAACGAGGCAAGGGGCUGUUUUCCAAGUGAAGCCUAUGUUAAGGCUAGAAACUUGGCUGAUCCGCAUACAGCUGCCUACCUCCCUGUGCAAAGGCUGAGCUUGGCACCCCCGUUCCCUUGCUCCCACCAAAAAGAGGUACCAAAUCUGAGAUCUGAGAUCUCCUCCGAUGUCAGUCCUCCGCAGUUACAGGAAAUGCAUCAUGAAGUACACACCCAGCAGCUCCUUGCCUUCCUGUCCUCCCAGGUCCUCCCUGCCUCUGCCUCAUUUCCCCGCCUAGAUACCGAUACACCGCCGUGGUUUCCACAUUGGAAGAGCAAACUAGUGUGUGGUAUUGUGCACACACGAUGGGUUAGCACUAAGCUGCCCUAGGGUCGCCUUCCUGUAAGUAUUGACAGCUACAAAUUAAGGUCCUUAGAGUAGUUGACAUAGAUACGACUUUCUAGCAGAGAAUUAAAUUUCAAUGUUAAGUUUAAAGGGAUCAUAAUUCUGCAGGUAUCUUUCUCUGAGUGACUGAAUGUGACUAUUGCAUUAGGGUAAAUGAAUUAAGAAGUGCAAGUGGGAUUUACUGUAUGUUAGAAAGGAGUUUUGCAGCCAAGACUGCCUUGAAUAAAAUGUGUUUGCACUGAAAAAAAAAUUUUAAAUUACUUGGUCUCUGGUUGCUGUAAAGGUCAUCCAAGAUGGAUGUUCUGUUUAUAUUGUAUAGUAUUUCAUAUGAAAUAAUUACAGUUCAUGAAAUGUCUUCCCUAAUGUUACUGAUUUAUAACAGCACAUUUGUAACAUGGUUUUUAUCGUGUCAGUGUACCAUAUUGUAAAUGAUGAUUACUUGUCAUGCUUAGUAUAAUAACUUAAAAGAUAAAAAAGCACAGGGAUUUUUGUAAGUCUAUAUUUGAAAGUCCCUCCAUAUGGUAAUAUUGUGUUCAUGUUGUUUAUGUAGUGUUGUGUGAAAUAUCCAUUUUGGAUUGUGUUACUUUUUAAGAUAUUAAAUAACAUUUGGUUAUA